GGCUGUGUGAGCUCCGUGCCGCUCGACCCGCGCCCUCCUGGUGCUCCUCCCCCCGCCCGUGCUCUCCCGGUGCUUUUCUGGCACCGCUCCACGGCCCCGUGCCCUCCUGCCUUCCUGGUGUCCCUGCAGCUACUUCUCCGGUGAGGAGGAGCGGGAUGGACGUUUUGCGGCCCACUCUGAUAAGGAUCGGGGGGCGAAUAUACAGGAAGAAUCUCAUCCAAGAGCAGGCCUACCAGGAGGAGGAAGAGGGUGAUUUCUGUGCAGGCCCUGGUGACUGUGCGGACGAGCCAUGUGAUACCUUUGUGGUGGAAGAGACAGAGAAAGGCUUCCAGAGCAGAGUGGAGGUUCCCAGCCUGUUGUACAAGUACAUCAUUGGGAAGAAAGGGGAAACCAAGAAGAGACUGGAAACAGAGACUCGAACCUCCAUCAGCAUUCCCAAGCCUGGGGUGGAAGGAGAAAUCGUGAUUACAGGGCAGCAUCGCAGUGGUGUCAUCUCUGCCCGAACACGGAUCGAUGUUCUCCUGGACAGCUUCCGUAAGAAGCAGCCCUUCACACACUUCCUGUCCUUCGCUCUCAACCAGCCUGCCAUCCAGGAGAAGUUCCUGCAGUUCAAGGAGGAGGUGUUGGAGAAAUGCUCCAAGGAUCACGGGGUCACCAGCAGCCUGUUCCAGAACCCUGCAAAGCUUCACCUGACUCUUGGGACGCUGGUACUUCUGAAUGAGCAAGAGAUCCAGAAAGCAUGUGGCCUCCUACAGCAAUGCAAAGAGGACUUUGUGGACCAAAUUACUGGAGGCAAGCCGCUGACCGUGGAGGUUGCAGGAGUGGAGUACAUGAAUGACGACCCUGCCAUGACAGAUGUUCUUUAUGCCAAAGUCCACAUGAAGGACGGCUCGGACAAAUUGCAGGUGAUUGCUGACCAGCUGGUGGAAAGGUUUGUGGCCUCCGGCCUGAUGCUUAAAGAAUGGGAUAGGGUGAAACUGCACGCUACGGUCAUGAACACGCUCUUCAGGAAAGAUCCAGGUGCUGAAGAGCGAAACAAUACAGUGACUGGUAAAUCAUCUUUCAAGGAACGGGAGUCGUUUAAUGGCCAAAAUAUCCUCAAGCUCUUUGAGAACUUCUACUUCGGAGAGGUACAUCUGGACUCAGUGCGUCUUUCCCAGAGGUUCUCCUCGGAUGCCUCUGGCUACUAUGCAACGUCUGGGCAGCUGACCUUCUCCUGAACCGGCAGCACAGCUGCCGCAGCAGGUCCGCUCAUCGGUGAAAGGUCUUUUUAUAGAACACAAAUUUUGAACAGAACUCCAGGCAGGGAUGCCUCAUGACUCCUCGGCAGCAUGUUCCAGCCAGGAACCAUGGCAUUCCUCUGCACCUUUUAUGACAUGUAUUGCCUGCCUUCCCUUUGAGGGAAUCCAGAGUCCUUUUGCCUCCUUUCCCUGUUGGUAACCAGAAUGUCACACAGUUGCCUAUUUGAUAUCUGUUGCCUGUUUGUUUUCCAAGAAAAACAGGUGCAGGUGGCUUUUGAGGAAUCACCCAGAUUUAAACAUGGCUUUAUUUCAGAAGAAGGAAGUUUGUUCUUAAAAUAAGUAUUUAAAAUCCAAGAGAACUCCCCGGAGCGUGAUUUAAUGGUAUCGAGGCCAGGCACUGCUUGGAUCUCCAGCAGCGUGCCUGUGUGAUGUAGAUCUCCAAAUAAAUUAAUUCCCUUCAAGAGAAAAGUGUUUAUUUCCUGUCGCAUUGAUGGUUUCUGUAAUUAAACUUCCAGCACACAACUAUGUUAAUAGGAAAGCAUUUACGCUAAGAGCUCUUUUCCAGUGACCGUUUCAGAGCAUGUCAAAAACAUGCACCUGGUAGGUGACUUCUCCAUUGAAAGAAGAGCAAAAGUCUUUGAUACCGUUGUGAAUCCUUCAGAGAUCUGAAGACGACCGUUUUUCUUGUAAACGUCCCUGUUUAGCAGGAAUAGUGACGCAGGCUUUCAACUCGGCUGCGGAUGAACACUUUGAACAAUGGAAGAUGCUGGUGUUUAGUUAUUUUGGAACAAACUGGUGGCGGUGGCGGCUGCUGCUGCUCAUUCCUGGUUGCUGCCAUGAAUGUGGAAUCACACUGUCACUGAGGCAGAGCGCGUGUUAGCUGGGGACAGGGCUGCUCCAGCAGCAUCUCCUUGUACUAGUAAUCAGUUUUGAGAGGGUUUUGUCCCAUUUCCCCCCUUGCAAAGGUUGCUGGCUGUGACUGCUCUGUCUGCACGGACAGCAGUGGGUGGCAGGCAGGAUUCACGGUGCCUUUCCUUUUUUCACCCAAAUGCAUUGCUGGUUGUAUUUCCAAAACCAAAUUGUCCAUCUUUGCUUGCAAACCUGUGUGCCGGGAAUUAAAUAAUCGGUGGUUUUGCUGGUUACUCUUUACCCUGGAGCCUGCGCUUGUACCCAAGUACAAUUGUUAGGCUUUUUGUCUCUGCUUUUCCUUGCAGCCAAGCGCCUUUGUGCUCUCCUAGCAGAGGAGGAAGGGCCGCCUUCGAAAGCGCUCGCUCAGCGAGCAGAGCACUAGCACGCUCACUAGCAGCCCGAUGCAGGGAGACGCUGAGAGCACUUAACACCGGUUGCUGUCAUCUUUCCGCCAGCCUGAAGAGGUACUUGGCAAAUCUCAAUCAGCCGCCCAAAGAACAGACCUGGGAGCUGCUCUCAGCCGCCAGCCGUGCUGCCUGCUGCAGGAAGGGGCGGUGCGCCUCGGAAAGCUGCUGCCUGUGGGUUUUUAACAACUGAAACUGAGUGCUACAGGACACGGGGUGCCAUUGGCACUCUAGUUUUCCUUAGUGGGGCAUCGGUGGCAUUUCUAUCACACCUGCUUUCCUCCAUUGUCUCUUAAUACUGGCGAUACUGAUUUCUUCACUGAAGUGGACUUAAAGAGUCUUGCCACCUCCCUAACACAGGGCGAGCUUUGACUUGGGAACCGCUUCUCGGCAUGGAGGCAAACACAACUUUUCUACAAAGAGGGGCCGAUCUGAGCACAUUCCUCAACUUCCCGCUAACGUAGACAUGUUUAAUGGCAAUUAAUUCUGUGGCCGUUUGGAAGGUGGUUGACUUAAAGCAGUAAGUGGCUAACCCGGAUGCUGUAGCCUGGCACGGCUAAAUUCGUUUCACAUCUCCAU